AUGGCUCCAUCUUGCUUGUCUCUUGUGCUCUGCGUCCUGCUGCUCGUCCACGGCGCGGCAAGGCGAGCCGAAGCGACAGUGUUUUUUUCUGACACGUACAACAUCGGCAAUAGUGCUAGCUGUGACAUCAGAGCGGACUUCCCAUCCUUGCUCGACGGCAAGUCAUUCUACGUCGGGAAUGAUGCAGUGUUCCAGUACUCGAAGUACCACACCGUGAGCGAGGUCGACGCGGCGGGGUACAGGAACUGCACCACGGCCAACGCGGUGCUCACCAGCAGCGAUGACAACACGACGAUGCCCCUGACGGCGCCCGAUGACCGCUACAUUGUCUGUGGCAACGAGCUGCACUGCCUCGGCGGCAUGAGGCUGCACGUGCUCGUCACCAGGACGCCAUCGCCGGCGGAAGCCCCGAGUGUGGUGAACUGGUGA